AUGGAGGUGCAGGAAGGAAGGAAAGGGAUACCCUCGUUGCUCUCCUCGCAGGGGGAGUGCAUUGCAUCGAACAUUACGCAGCUGAUUGGUUGGACGCCGCUGAUAGAGCUGAAAAAUGUUGCCAAGAAGGAUGGCAUAGACGCUCGCCUGAUUGGGAAGAUUGAGCCAUACUGGCCCGUUUCUUCUGUCAAGGAUCGAAGCAAGCCUACUGCAUGCAAUUGCGACCGCAAUAUCGCCCCGCUAUUCAGAAUUGCAGCCGCAAAGUUCGAGGCUGCAAAGUUCAGAGCGCUACCUCAUAGCGGGCCGCCCGCCGCUAUUUAUUAUGUUGGAUCGAAGUGCUCUCAGAUGAUUGCUCUACUUCUUGAGAAAGGCUACAGAUUCCUUGCUGUCAUGCCAGCAAAAAUUGCAAUAGAUAAGCAGAUACUGUUGAGAUACUUGGGCGUUGAAGUGAUAUUAGUUGAUGCUACAAUUAAUGGAUUCAAGGGGCUACUUGUAGAGUAG